AUGUCAGCCCUGAAAGGAAAGAGAAAAGAAUAUCUGACUGUGAAGGAUUUACAGAAGGUUUUGGACUCAUGCAAACUACACCUCAGUCAAGUUGAUGAGGUCUGGCCAAACAUAUACAUUGGGAAUUUGGCAGUAGCCCAAAACAAGGCUGCCUUGCUGAAAUUAGGUAUAACUCAUGUAUUAAACGCUGCUCACUCCAAGCAAGGCAGCAUAGGGAACCAAAGCUUUUAUGGCAACGACUUUGUGUAUUGUGGCAUUCCAGCAGAUGACUCCACACACUUUGAUCUGGAUGUUUACUUCAAGCCUGCAGCUGAUUUCAUUCAUAAAGCUCUCAAGUCACCUGAUGGGAAAGUUCUGGUGCACUGCAUCAUGGGAAUGAGCCGGUCAUCGACCUUGGUGUUAGCGUACCUCAUGAUCUACCAUCACCUCCCGCUCAAACAGGCUUUGCAGAAAUUGAUCCACAAGAGAGCCAUCUACCCCAACAGGAAUUUCCUGGCUUUGCUGUUGGAUCUGGAUCUUCAGAUGACAAGAAAAAAGAAAAGAUCCUGUCAGAUCCUGUAA